CCCCGCCCCGCCCCGCGUGGAGCACGUCCAAGUAGCAGUCACAUACAUGACUCACACAUUCACUUUCUGAGCGUCCUGGCCUCAGAGGAACACUUCCCGUCUGUGUCUUGAGUCGACAGGGAGCAGAAAUGGAGAGCGGUUCGUCUUCAACCGGGGACAGCGGACUGGACCGGGCUGUCGGUCUGUGGCUGCAGUAUGACCAGAACCCAAAGACGGUGUCCAUGGUGCAGGCGCUGGUGAAAGAAGGAGCAGUGGAGGCUCUAAAGAAAUGUUUCUCCUCCAGGAUGGAGUUUGGUACGGCAGGUCUGAGAGCACCCAUGGGCCCCGGCAUUUCCUGUAUGAACGACCUCACUAUCAUCCAGACCACGCAGGGUUUCUGCCACUAUCUGGAGGAGAGAUUUGAGAACCUUAAAGAGCGAGGGGUCGUGAUUGGUUAUGACGCCCGAGCCCACCCUCCCAGCGGGGGCGGCAGCAAGCGCUUUGCCAGCCUGGCUGCGGCUGUGUUCAUCAGCCGAGGGGUGCCGGUCCACCUCUUUGCUGACAUCGUCCCGACACCCUUUGUGCCUUUCACAGUGUCCCACCUCGGGCUGUGUGCUGGAAUCAUGGUGACCGCCUCCCACAACCCCAAACAGGACAACGGCUACAAGGUGUACUGGGAGAACGGCGCUCAGAUCGUGUCUCCUCAUGACAAAUGUAUCGCCAAAGCCAUCGAGGAAAACCUGGAGCCCUGGCCCAAGUCCUGGGACACAGAGGAGGCCCUGAAGAGCCCCUUACUCAAAGACCCGUACCAGGACAUCCACACACAAUACUUCAAAACCAUCCAGAACCACUGCCACAACAGGGACAUAAACAAGAGUUCAGAGGUGAAAAUUGUGCACACGUCCGUGCACGGCGUCGGCCACACAUUCGUUCAGUCGGCUUUCAAGGCCUUUGACCUUCCCGCUCCAUACGCUGUAGAGGAACAGAAAGAUCCAGACCCUGAGUUUCCCACCGUCAAAUAUCCCAACCCGGAGGAAGGAGAGGGAGUCCUGACGCUGUCCUUUGCGUUGGCAGAGAAGGAGGGGGCCACCGUCGUGCUGGCAAACGACCCUGAUGCUGACCGACUCGCAAUUGCUGAGAAACAGGAGAGUGGACGGUGGAGAUUGUUCAGUGGUAAUGAAUUAGGAGCGUUGCUUGGUUGGUGGAUGUUCCGCUGCUGGAAACAGCAAAACUCCGACGCUGCUGCCGUGAAAAACCUCUACAUGCUGUCGAGCACCGUCUCAUCCAAGAUUCUGAGAGCCAUCGCUGUCAAAGAAGGCUUUCACUUUGAGGAAACACUUACAGGCUUCAAGUGGAUGGGAAACAGAGCCAGAGACCUUUUGGACCAGGGAAAAUCUGUUCUGUUCGCCUUUGAGGAGGCCAUAGGGUAUAUGUGCUGUCCCUCUGUAUUGGAUAAGGAUGGAGUGAGUGCUGCAGCGAUAGCAGGAGAGAUGAUUUCCUAUCUGGCCACUAAAAGCACAAGCCUUUCUCAGCAGCUCACCGCCGUCUAUGAAGAGUACGGCUACCACAUCACCAAGAACUCCUACUUCAUCUGCCAUGACCAGAAUGUGAUCCGCAGCUUGUUCGAGCGUAUUCGCAACUACAAUGACCAGAAGGACUCGUAUCCCACUGAAUGUGGCCGCUUCUCCAUCUCCGCCGUACGAGACCUGACCACCGGCCACGACAGCAACCAGCCUGACAACAAGGCUGUUCUUCCCACCUCCCGUUCCAGUCACAUGAUCACAUUUAGCUUCUCCAAUGGGGGCGUGGCCACCAUUAGGACCAGUGGUACGGAGCCAAAGAUCAAAUACUACACUGAACUCUGUGCUGCUCCUGGCAACAGUGACGUGACACAACUGAAGAAGGAGCUGGAUGACCUGGUUGAAGCCAUUAUUGAAAACUUCUUGGAGCCAGAGAAGAAUAAGCUGCAGCCCAAGCCGCAGUAGCACUUCAUAAAAAAAAAUACAAUCCCCUCCAGGACCGGCUAUGACUAAUAUCUCUGACCAGCUUCACACACAACGUCUUAAUGAAUUCAGAAGGGAUUUACGCCUAAACACAGGCUUUUAUUUUUAUGUUUACAGCUCAGCUUAUCACUAUUUCAUUCAUCUUUUUUUAUCCAGUUGGACCAAAAACUGAUAUUUAAUCAUGACUCUGCCUUUAUUUAGAUUCCCUGCAGGCUAAGGGCAACGCCUUACACCGUGUCCUAACAGCAUGCAAGCGUUAUAUGUCGCAUUGCGCAUGAUCGCACAGAGGCUUGUCAAUACACGGUUUACGGUAAGCCGAAAAAAAAAAAAAAAAAAAGAUCCGGUGGUGUUGACAGUCAGUCAGAGCACACCAUUUCAAUCGUGGAUGUGGAUAUUAUUAAUGCACCACUAUCUCCACUUUGUAAGACAAGCUAACAAGUUCUGUUGACUGAGAAAAGUGAGUGUCAGUGCAGUUUAGAGUCCCCUCCUUCCUCAUUCCUCGUCCGUCUACACGAGCAACACAGAGGAAAAUAGAAACGGGGCGUCGUCCAAUUGGAAACAGUAGAAUCGGGCUGAUUUUGUCGCUUAAUCUCGCUCGCGUCGCAUGCUGUUAGGACAGGCCAAAGCCAGGUUUACAUCCAUCACAAUAUAUCUCAAAAAAAUUGCCUUAGCUUGAGAUCUGAACAACAGCUAUAAAACGUUAUUCCUGCUGCAUGUGUUUCCUUACAUUCAUUACUUUUUCAUUCAUUCCACACUUCCACAUCUGUAAAGUGCUGAGAUGAAGCGUAACAGAGAAGUUGACGAGAAAGAUAAAACGGGUUUAAUUUUAAAGCUCCUGUGAGGAACGUUUUGUUGUGUCAUUUUUGGCGCCCCCCUGUGGGCAAAGCAGAACCUAAUGUCUUUGUUAACCUUGUCCUGAUCAUGUUUAAAGAAAUGUUUUUGAUCAAAAA